AUAUCGGCAUAAAGGGACAACCCGUGGUAAAAUCACGAUAUAUUCAAGCCCCCAUGAAUUAUUUCGAUUCUAAUAGGACAAAUACGGCAAUUGUUUUGGAUCGAAGCGCUCUAGAUGAACGCAUUAUUUGCCGUUCCCAUAAAUAAACGCACUAUUAAAUUGACGUAAAAGACCGGAGCAAACUGAAUAAAUGACAUGCUUAAACUAUUUACAAUAACAUGUUUAGAUAGGUUUGGAUGAAUCUAAAUGAUAAUUGUACUUAUAUGUCUUAUAUGUAUACAAAAAUGGCUUAUAUAACACAUUUUUGCAUCGUUUAUUUACGUUUCCUUGUUGUGAUGAUUUUCGGUUUCACAAGCGUGUAUUUUCCCGUAAAAUGCUUAUAUUCUUACGUCAUCGUUCUAUGACGUCGGGUAGCUCAUUCAUAAAAAACCAUGACGCGGGAGUACGAUUGGAACAGCCCAAACAAUAUAUCCAUAUUUUACCACGGGUGUGUACUCAAAGCGUUUGAAGAACGUCAUGUUAGAAUCGACGUUAUAAUAUCGGUUAUCAGAUGAUCCCGCGAUUCAAAAACGGGCACCAUGCCUUUCCAAAAGAAGGAAGAGAGAGAACGGAGGGAUAAUGUUUCCAAAUUAAUGUCUCAAUUUCAUGUAGACAGGAACAAGAUUAGAAAAGAGAAAGAAAUUGAGAAUUGUGGCCUGUUUUUAUCUUCAUCACCGUAUAUUUCAUGGCAGGAUGGGAGACGAAUCGUUGAACUAAAUGUGCUGGCAAUUGCGUUACGGUCCUGUACAAUGUGUUCUAUCCCCUACAUUUGCAUAAUACAGAAUCAGAAAAAAGACAAGGACUUGGAAGUUACCUCAGCGUUCGUUGUGCAGAAUGUAACUUAUUAAAUACAAUCCAGACAAAUAAGACACAUGUUAACGGUUCUAAAGGCCCUGGAGUGUUUGGCAUUAAUACAAAAACCGCAAUUGGUAAGUUUCAAUGAUAUAAGCACAUUUUGCGACACUCCAAGAUGUUCUGUGUUUAAUGUAAGAAUAUAUCAUACAAGUUUUAGACCAAUAUUACUUUUAUAUGCCUCUGAGCUGUCACAGAAAUACUCAACAAUCUCCUGCAUCUUUCAAAGCUUUCUUUCUACAAUACUUUAUGUGUCAUGCUGACCGUAAGUCUGUCUGGCAGGGUUCAUCUGAACCUGACCUCAUUUUCAUGGUUCAUUGGUCAAUAUAAAGUUUUCACUGUUUGUUCGGUUUCUUCUAUGACGGUGUGGAAGGGGUUUUACAGAAUAGAGAAUAAUGGGCUAAAAUAUAAAGAAUAGAGAAAAAUGGACCAAAAUAAAUUAGAAAAGAUAAUAAGGAGGUGCUUAAAUAUAAAGAAUAGAGAAUAAUGGGCCAAAAGUAUUAAGAAUAGAGAAAAAUUGCCUACAAAUAAUAAAAAAAAAUACAGAAAUAAGGAUCCCCCAUCCCUACCCUCUUUUGUACGCAAUAGUUCAACUGUAUUUGGUGUAUGGAAUGAUUGUAAGGUGUACACGUAUUUCUGGCUUGGUUUAUCUGACCUUGACCUCAUUUUCUUGCAUCAGAUUAACAUUAUGUGAUACUUGUAGUAAAACUUUAUAUUAAGGACUAUCAACAUAAAAUAAAUGGUCAGUAAAGCAAACGAGACAUUUUAGCGUGUGCACUCUUGUUAAUUUGUUAGAGGUGAAUGAGACAAUUAUUUAUGUUAUAAACAGUGACUUAUCUGUUCGAACCUUUUAUUUUCGGGUAUGAAUAAGUGUUCAUAUAAAUUUUCGGACUAACAGAUUCUGGAUUAGGAGCGCGACAAUUCAAUAAAUUAGUUACUACAAUGGGAAUACCUGGGAUAACUGCAAAGACAAUCAAGCAAAGAUAAAGAGAGAUAAAGAUUCCAAUUUAUGAUGUUGCCAAGGAUUCAUGUUUAAGAGUAUUUAAGAGGAGAUAGAAUGUAUGAGUAAGAGCAUCCCGCAAGAAGAGUCAGCCACACCAGAAGGUCUAAAGGCUAAGUAUGAUAUGUGCUGGCAAAAAUGAGGAUCCGGGAGAUCUUAUAAUAGUCCGUCAGGGAUUGACUCCAUCUUGGGGCAACACACAGGCAAAGUUAUUAGGUUUAAAGUUUGCAGCACUCUUUGUAGAAUAUGUGAUACUGCAUCAACGUAAUGAAAGGAACCCAAACCGCAUGAUUGUCCACGUAAUUGGGAAAAAAGUGUAAAGGCAACGGAGGCUGACACGGCUGUGCGACUUUUGAAAAUACUAGAAGAAACCACUGGAAUACAAGUUGAUACUCUAAUUAUGGACGAUGACGCAUCUCCGCUUUCAAAGAUUUUUUCAUGCCCAACACAGGCAGACGAAGAAAAGGCUCAUGGUAUAAUGGACCGUUUUGUGGAGCUUGGUGGCAACUUCAUCGACACAGCAAAUAUGUAUUGUAGAGGACAAUCGGAACACAUUGUAGGAACAUGGCUUAAAAAGAAGUCCAGAGACAACGUCGUUGUGGCGACGAAAUGUCGUUUCCCUAUGUCGACGGAACCAAACGACAAGGGACUUAGUAGACGACACAUUAUCAAAUGUUGUGAAGACAGUCUUGAACGUUUGCAGACAAACUAUAUUGAUCUUUAUCAGACACAUAUUUGGGACGAUGCUACACCAAUUGAAGAAACGCUCAGGACUCUUGAUGAUCUGGUCAGGUGUGGAAAGAUUCGAUAUAUUGGGGUUUCAAAUUUGCUGGGAUGGCAAACACAGAAAGUUGUUGAUUAUACCAAGUUUAUGGGAUUGACAGGUUUUAUUAGCAUGCAGCAACAAUACAACUUGUUAGUUCGACAUCCUGAAUUGGAAGAAUUCCAAGUCUGUAAGACUGAAGGACUGGGUGUUUUACCAUGGAGCCCUUUAAGCAGUGGUAUGCUCACUGGAAAAUACAAACGAGAUGAAAAGAUGGAUCCAAAGAGUGGUCGUUUAGCGCAUGAUUUGGAAAAGAAUUCCAAGGCUUCAUUUUGGACGGAAUUCGCUAAGGACACUUACUGGGAUAUCAUGGCAGUUGUAGCAAAAGUAGCAAAGACAAACGGUAAAACAGCGGCACAGGUAGCGUUGAGGUGGCUGUUACAGAAAGACGUCGUGUCAUCUAUAAUAAUCGGGGCAACAUCAAUUAAACAGUUAGAUGAAAAUAUGUCUGUAGCAACUGGCUGGAGCAUUUCUAAAGAAGAUAUGGAGACAUUAGAUGAAGUUUCAAAACCAGAAAGUGCAAGCAGUUACCCGUAUCAAAUGUCGAGGCUUGGAAAUACAUUACGUGUAAACAGAUUUAAUCCAAAACCAGUCGUUGCAAAUAUCUAAUAAAACUGGGGUGUUGCUAUUAUAAGAAGCGUUAAGAUUCAUGUGAUCGUAGUUUCUAGAUGUGUAUGGAACGCCGUAACUGUCUUAUAAUGUAGAUAUUUGAUGUAUUUUGUCGCUUUGUCUUUACGUCCUGUCAUUUCGUCUUUAUGUAAUGUGUAAGUGCCUUUAUUUCCUAACACUGCAUCUCUAUGUUACGUCAAAUUACUUAUUUGUUUUGUCAAACAAUUGUAUGAAAUGUCAUUGCUAUUCUUUGUUAUGUGCAAUAUGCAUUACAUUAUGUUGUUACUGCUGUAUAUUCUGUAAAUACCUCUAAACUGUAUGAUCAACCUACUCUACGUUCUUUCACAUUUCCUCAUCUUUCUUACAGUAUGUCAGUUAAUAAUUGCGUCCUGUCUCAAAUGGGAUUGUUGUGUUGAAUAUUCUAAACGCUUUGUCUUAAUACAUCUUUGUUCUAUAAAAACUCAUGAUAUUAUAUUAUAAUGGCUUUA